AUGACAGAAGCAUUUGGUCAUGAACCUCGGUAUGCAACAUCUCAGUUCACUGCGCAAACCUGUUCUGCCGUGAAUGAGAACUAUCAGCGUAUUCAGUUACCCGAGACUGAUCAAGAUGCCGUUGGGCCAAGAACUUAUAAUCCAGUUCCCAACGAAGAACACAAUGAAUUCAUGUUCCCCGACAUGACCCAUGUUCCUGCUGAAGAUGUGGAGCUGGAAGACUUCUCGCAUGUGGAGCGAGUCCCAGCUGAUAUCACAGAGAAGGUCUUACAAUUUGCGAACGACAUACAAGUCAACUCCAAUUAUCCAAGAUUUAUUCAGUUAAGGAUCCCACCGCCAAGUGUCCUGAAUUCUUGGGUUCAACUUUACUUCGAGCACUUUCAUCCCAUCUUUCCCAUCCUCCAUAAAUCAACUUUUGUUCCGUCGCGCACGAAUCCGUUCCUUGUGUUCGCAGUGGCUGCUCUCGGAUCUCAUUUUUCGAACAUCGACGGGUCGUUCUCUUGCCUCAAAUCGAUGCAUGAAUUGAUACGACGAUACACAGCUUACACUUGUGAAAAAUGGAACCAGAAAAGCAGAGAAUUAUGGAUGACCCAGACGAUUAUCUUAAACCAGCUGGGAUUGAUGUACUCUGGUGAUCGCAGAGCGCUGGAGUUGGCAGAGCUGUUUCAGUCAGUUCCGGUGACUCUAGGUCGACGAAAGAGGCUUUUCUCAAAUGUCCUUCCUCCAGACAAAUUGUCCUCGAUGCUAUUGCCUAUUGACAGCGAGUGGCAGCUCUGGGUAUUGGAUGAGCAGCGUCGGCGGGCAGGAUUCGCCAUUUGGCUCAUUGAUUUAGCUUAUGACCACGAUUUUGAUCUAUCCCACACCAUCAGGCCAGAAGAGUUACAAAAUUGCUUGCCCCAGCUGGAAUCUCGUUGGGAUGCACCUAACGGCCAAAGCUGGGCCAGCUUUGCGAGCGGCAAUGCCAAGCAUCAGACUCUCUGUCAGGUGGCUGCAAGUUCCAGUUGGAGAGCAAGCUGGGUUCAGACCGGUACCCUUGGGAAGCAGGCCAUUCUUCAAUAUCUGGCAUACGUUGUGGACGCUAGAUGGCAGUCGGCCGGUAUUCCUGGGUUCUCAGCAGACGAUAGGAGGACUGCUGCGAGGACGCUCGAGGAACUUCUCGCCCAAAUAGAGGACGGAUGUGACACACACUCAGUCUCCGAGUUGAAAGCCGCCAUUGUCCAUAGGAUCAUGGCUAUGACUGCACUGAUGAACUUUCAUGCGCCGGUCUCCAAUCUUCUAUCCGUGGCUUUCAAAAUUAUAUACGGAAAAUUACAGAAGGGCUUCUGGGAAGGGAUGGCGGAUCAAUGGGCAAAGUUUCCCAAUCAAGGACGUACAGGGGUGCUCUUUGCUGCCCGUACCCUUAAAACAGUCGGGUCCAGUCGUUGUACCCAUUUCAGUACGCCAGUCUCUCUCUUGAGGGCAGUACUGCUUCUUUGGCUUUAUUCUACGAUUUCUGAUCGGCUGAGAAGACUUUUUCCAGCUCAGUUGCCUAUCCCUUCGGUGGUACUAGACCUGAAUGCUUUGGACUCUGUUGAGUUGCGCAACUGGAUUGAGAACGGUUCCAGUUGUGUCAAGCUUCCAGGAUGCGGCAAUAUUAUGACGAUAAAAGGGAGAUCGAAGAUGCUGAGUGAAUCUGUUUCGGUUAUGAAAUCUCUCAAUGCAUGGGGAAUUAACAGCAUGUAUGCGCAACUAUUGACCCGACUACAAGAAACAGAUAGCCCACAGGAAUAG